GUGUUUAUCGUUUGCGUGCCAAGGAGAACCCGAUUUCUCCUGAAAUAGCGUCACUCGUGGGCAAGAAGGGAGUCGAUCCUCUCUUCCCACCCCCGCCCGGCCUGUGGGAUGCAACUCUCGGGAACGCGACAUCCUUUUAGUCUAGCAAGCUUUACAAGGGCUGGGUAUAUGCUUGGGAGGGGCGGGUACCGUGCCGGCCAUUGCGGGGCGCGCCCUAUUUUCUUGCCCUAUUCUUUGGACACUGCGUGGGGCAGGGUCAUGAGGGGAAAGGUGACGGCGUAUCGCAGCGGCCGGUGUGUGGUGCAGGCCCACAAAUACGUACGCGUGGCGGAAUCCACACCUAGCGCGCUGGCUCCGCCCCGCAAGCCGCUCGCCGUGAAGGGGCGGGGCCCAGAGUGGCUGGGUCCGCGCACGCGCCGCGUGGGAGACGGAAGUGAAACGCUAAGAAAUGAGAUGGAGAAGUACGAGCGGAUCCGAGUGGUGGGGAGAGGUGCCUUCGGGAUUGUGCACCUGUGCCUGCGAAAGGCUGACCAGAAGCUGGUGAUCAUCAAGCAGAUUCCAGUGGAACAGAUGACCAAAGAAGAGCGGCAGGCAGCCCAGAAUGAGUGCCAGGUCCUCAAGCUGCUCAACCACCCCAAUGUCAUUGAGUACUACGAGAACUUCCUGGAAGACAAAGCCCUCAUGAUCGCCAUGGAAUAUGCACCAGGCGGCACUCUGGCUGAGUUCAUCCAAAAGCGCUGCAAUUCCCUGCUGGAGGAGGAGACCAUCCUGCACUUCUUCGUGCAGAUCCUGCUUGCACUGCAUCAUGUGCACACCCACUUCAUCCUGCACCGAGACCUCAAGACCCAGAACAUCCUUCUUGACAAACACCGCAUGGUCGUGAAGAUUGGUGAUUUCGGCAUCUCCAAGAUCCUUAGCAGCAAGAGCAAGGCCUACACGGUGGUGGGUACCCCAUGCUAUAUCUCCCCUGAGCUGUGUGAGGGCAAGCCCUACAACCAGAAGAGUGACAUCUGGGCCCUGGGCUGUGUCCUCUAUGAGCUGGCCAGCCUCAAGAGGGCUUUUGAGGCCGCGAACCUGCCAGCACUGGUGCUGAAGAUCAUGAGCGGCACCUUUGCGCCCAUCUCUGACCGGUACAGCCCUGAGCUGCGCCAGCUGGUCCUGAGUCUACUCAGCCUGGAGCCUGCCCAGCGGCCACCACUCAGCCACAUCAUGGCACAGCCCCUCUGCAUCCGUGCCCUCCUCAACCUCCACACCGACGUGGGCAGUGUCCGCAUGCGGAGGGCAGAGAAGUCCGUGGCCCCCAGCAGCACAGGGAGCAGGACCACCAGUGUCCGCUGCAGAGGUAUCCCCCGGGGACCUGUGAGGCCGGCCAUCCCACCACCCCUGUCAUCAGUGUAUGCCUGGGGUGGUGGGCUGGGCACUCCCCUGCGACUGCCAAUGCUCAACACAGAGGUGGUCCAGGUGGCAGCUGGGCGCACGCAGAAAGCCGGCGUCACGCGCUCUGGGCGUCUCAUCCUGUGGGAGGCCCCACCCCUAGGUGCAGGCGGAGGCACCCUCCUCCCUGGGGCAGUGGAGCAGCCACAGCCCCAGUUCAUCUCGCGUUUCCUGGAGGGCCAGUCGGGCGUGACCAUCAAGCAUGUGGCCUGUGGGGACUUCUUCACUGCCUGCCUGACUGACCGAGGCAUCAUCAUGACGUUUGGCAGCGGCAGCAAUGGGUGCCUAGGCCAUGGCAGCCUCACUGACAUCAGCCAGCCCACCAUUGUGGAGGCUUUGCUGGGCUAUGAGAUGGUGCAGGUGGCCUGUGGGGCUUCUCACGUGCUGGCCCUGUCCACUGAGCGAGAACUAUUUGCCUGGGGCCGUGGAGACGGCGGCAGACUGGGACUAGGCACCAGGGAGUCCCACAGCUGCCCCCAGCAGGUGCUCAUGCCCCCAGGACAGGAAGCUCAGCGAGUUGUAUGUGGCAUCGACUCUUCCAUGAUCCUCACUGUGCCUGGCCAAGCCCUGGCCUGUGGGAGCAACAGGUUCAACAAGUUGGGCCUGGACCACCUCUCCCUGGGGGAGGAGCCUGUCCCUCACCAGCAGAUGGAGGAGGCCCUGAGCUUCACACUGCUAGGCUCUGCACCCCUGGACCAGGAGCCCCUGCUCAGUGUAGACCUGGGCACUGCUCACUCAGCUGCUGUGACUGCCUCAGGUGAUUGCUACACUUUUGGCAGCAAUCAGCACGGGCAGUUGGGCACCAAUGCUCGCCGAGGCAGUCGGGCACCCUGUAAGGUCCAAGGCCUUGAGGGCAUCAAGAUGGCAAUGGUAGCCUGUGGGGAUGCCUUCACCGUAGCUAUUGGGGCAGAGGGUGAAGUGUACUCCUGGGGCAAAGGGGCCCGAGGUCGACUGGGAAGGAGGGAUGAGGAUGCCGGACUCCCUCGGCCAGUGCAGUUGGAUGAGACACACCCUUACACGGUGACUUCCGUGUCCUGUUGCCAUGGAAACACCCUCCUGGCUGUUUGCCUCACAGAUGAGCCGGUCCCCCCCUGAGGCACCUGGAUACACCUCUGGACCACCCUGAUACUGCUUCUCUGAAUGUUCUGAAAAGUGCAGGUGCCCAAGACAUGACUGUUGCAGCCGUCUCCUGGAUUGGGUCAUCAUGGGGUAUCGGGGCUGGCAAAACCCCUGCUCUGCUUUUGGCCUUCGAUAUGGAAACCUCAACCACUUUGUUCUCCCACCACCUCUUUGCCCUUCCUACCCCUUCCUCCCUUCAGUCAGUGUCCCCAGGAUCCAGCCUGGCUAGAGUUAGAAGGCUGACCUAGCCUUUGGAAGCAGAGCCUUGCCACGUGCCCUUUCCCCCAGCUCAGUUAGAAAAUAAGUCUGGGCCGGGGGUAGUGGCUCACACCUGCAUACCCAGUGCUUUGGGAGGUCAAGCCAGGAGGAUCCCUUGUGGCCAGGAGUUGUAGACCAGCCUGGGGACCAUAGCGAGACCGCUGUCUCCACCAAAAAAAAAAAAGAGAGAUAAGAAAAUAAGGCUGGGUGCGGUGGC